AUGGAGGAGAAUGGGCAGAAUAAACCAGGUUUGAGUGGGACCAUGGUUAUGUUGAAGAUCUCUGCUUUCCUCGUUGCCUACGCCCUGGUCAUUUGCCAGAUGUACUGCUCACAAGCCGCCCCUGCCAGACCGGGUCUGGAGUCCAUUUCAGACCGAAUCACGCUCACGGACUACGAGGCGCGAAGGUUACUCAACGCCAUUGUCAAGGAGUUUGUGCAGAUGACCGCAGAGGAGUUGGAGCAGCAGGCGGCUGAAGGAAACAGCAUGGACAGACCCCUAGCCAAGCGCUGCUCCAACCUGAGCACUUGCGUGCUGGGCAAACUGUCUCAGGAGCUGCACAAGCUGCAGACCUUCCCCCGCACCAACGUGGGAGCAGGGACGCCCGGCAAGAAGCGCAGUGCGCCUGCCAGCGACGGCUACGCGAGCUACGGCGAGCCCGUUACAGCACAGAAGCGGGCCUGCAACACAGCCACCUGCGUCACCCACCGCCUGGCCGACUUCCUCAGCCGGUCAGGGGGAAUGGGCAACAGCAACUUCGUCCCCACCAACGUGGGCGCCAAGGCCUUCGGCAGGAGGAGGAGAAGCACCCAGAUGUGAACACCCCGAGACCAUCAGAGAAACGAGGUUGAAACCCGGAAUGAAAACAUCAGAAAAAAAAAUCCUGUGAACAAAAAUCAACUAAAACAAAAUUGAGCAGAAAAUAAACUCAGAACUGGCCCUUUACCCACUCUUUCACGAUCUUGCAGGAACAAAAAAGAAAGGACGUCUCCUUCCCAUUUUCAUUCUGUUAGAGAAAACUUUUUGCUUUUUGGCAAGUAAGAGAGAUAAAAAAAAAAAAUAAAAAAAAGCACUUUACUUUCUGUACAUGAACAAAUGAACUCCUGAAGUAAGAAAAAAAAAAGAAACGUCCCGAAUCGUUAGUCUUUUUAUACAUGAAUAUCAUUGGAAAAUAAAAUGAGAGCAGCAGUGGUGAUCCCGUUCUUAUUUUCCACAUCUCACCUCGUUAGAGCACAUUUCUGCCACGCCGCCCCCCCAUCAGAAACCCGUACUUCAGCAUUGUCCAUCGUGCUCCUUCCUCCUGAGGGUACCCCACCUCCCCGUGUGCUGGAGGGACGCCAUUAAAGAUCAGCCUACCCAAGCCCCCCCCCAACCCCCAA